AAACGUCAACCUCCUGUCAAAACAAAAACAUUUUCAGAAAAAUUGUGAACAUUCUUCUCUUAAAUGGCUUUAGUUUCCUACGAUUACGAAAGCGCUAGCGGUUCAGAGGAUGAAGAAGACGAAUCUUCAGCUGUAAUUAUACCUCCUCCAAAACCAAAUAUCUUGGAAAAUGAGCCAAUAAAGGAAAAAUCUCCUGAACCUCCUGGAAGUUCAAACUUGUUUGCUAAGUUGCCAGAGAGUAAAAUCAUUGUAAGUGAUAUUGUGGAAGACCAAAUUGAGGAUUUUAUACCAAAAUGUAAGCCAGAGAAGCAGAAGGUUAGGAUAACAAUACCUUCAUUGUCACAGUUUGAUCAUAAGGAGGAUGAUGAACCUGAACAUAAAAAGGCUAAACCCUUAAACAAAGGAAGUACUUUACUAUCUCUACUACCUCCUGUUAAAGGUACAGUAAUGACAAAUAAGUCGUUUGUGCCGAACAGUGUAGCACAAAAAAAGAAAUCGGCACCAGGUAGUUUGGUGCCACAUGCUGUUCGAAAAAAGGCUGAAGCCAAGAAAAAGGCAGCUUUAGAGAAAGCAACGAAACCUAAAGCCCCUGUUGGUAGUGAUGUGGAAACUGAUGAUGAGGAAAUGGAGAUACCUGAAACCUAUGAUGAUGAUAUGUGGGAGAAAGUUUGUGGCCGACCAAAGCCUAAACCUGUUGUUAAAGAACCUGAAGAAUUUAUUCCAAUGGAGAUUAACAUUGCACCAGAACCUGAAAAACCAUAUGAUGGUCUUGAUAAUACAGCAUUUAAAGAGUUGGUUGGCAAAACUAAACGCCCAAUUGGCAAUAUAAAGUUAAUAGACAUAAACGAGGAAGAAAUACUGCUUGAGAAGGAUAUUUGGAUGACUAAGGCUCUCACUGAUCCUGAAAUGGAACCCAAACAAGAAGAAGAAGAAGUAGUUGAUCCCACAAGAAGAAAGAGGAAUCAUAUUACGCAUUUGGCACAAAAGGCAAAGGCUAGCGAACAAGAACUUAAAAAUCAAUGGGGUGCCAGUAGAAAUAACAGGCUACAAACUAGAGCAAAAUAUGGGUUUUAAU